AUGGGUAACAGAGCAUUCAAAUCACAUCAUGGCCACUUUUUAAGUGCAGAAGAUUGCAAAGUUAAGACUCAUCAUGGCCAUCAUGAUCACCACACUCACUUUCAUGUUGAAAACCAUGGUCAUCAUAAAGUUGCCAUAAGAACUCACGCCAAUAAAUAUGUUUCAAUUAAUGACAACAACGAUGUUUACAUAUCACAUCAUUUCCAUGGAGAACACUCACUUUUCCAUUUAGAACACCAUGGUGGUAAGGUUUCAAUCAAAGGCCAUAACCAUUAUUAUAUUGCAGCUGAUCAACAUGGUUCAAUUUACACUACUCACCACCAUCACCAUGAUGCUACCUUUGAAGAAUUUAUUGUAUAA